AUGAAUCUGCUCCUGUGCCUGGCGGCUACGGGUCUUUACCUGUUUUUGCAGUGCCAGGUGACUGCUGGGUCCCAUUUAAGCAGGAGUGACAUUGAAAAAGCUGUGGGUGAUGCCAAAGCCUUGGUGGACUCCUCUUAUGAAUACUCGAGAAGAACGAGCAUUGACCGAGUCAGGAGGAACGUAGUAAGCCCUUCAGACCUCCUGCGGUUUGUGAAACAGCCUGUUGGAGUAACCCGUAAUGCCGUGCGUGCAGCUGACUACAUGGAUAAUGCUGUUAAACUGCUCAGAAGGUCUUGGCUAAAACGCAGCAAACGCUCCAUCAAUGCCACAGAUAUAAUCUCUGAGGAGGAUCUGCAGUUCAUUGCUGAGCUGACAGGCUGCGCUCCCCAGAGUCGUCCCCCUUCCUGCAGGACCACUCCCAAUUUAGAUAGGUUUCGAACUGCAACCAGCACCUGCAACAACAGAGAAAAAACCCGCUGGGGAUCCGCCAACACGCCUUUCACCCGCUGGCUCCCUGCUGAGUACUUUGAUGAUGAUUCUCUGCCCAAAGGCUGGGACCCUGACCAAGAAUACAAUGGGCACAUUCUUCCCUUGGUAAGGGAAGUGUCCAACCAAAUUAUGCGCUCAGUAAACUCACUAGAGGAAGACCCACUCUACACUCACCUGGUGGCAAUCUUUGGCCAGUGGACCGACCACGACCUGACCUUCACUCCUCACUCUCCUGUCAUCCGCUCAUUCAGUAACGGUAUUGACUGUGACCAGAGCUGUGAGCGCACAGAGCCCUGCUUCCCUAUUGAGGUUCCCAAGAAUGACCCCCGCUUUGGCAGAAACUCAGAGAAGUGCAUGCCCUUCUUCCGCUCAUCGGCAGCUUGUGGUUCUGGCACAACAGGACACAUGUUUGGUGCAAAAAACGUCCGCGAGCAGAUAAACGCACUUACAUCUUUCAUUGAUGUAGGACAGGUGUACGGUUCAGAUCAGAGUAAAGCUCGCUUCCUACGUGACCUCACCACAGAUAAGGGACUGCUGAGGGUCAACGAAGAGCACACUGACAACGGCCGUGAGCUACUGCCCUUCUCCAAUAUGACUAUGAACGCAUGCGCCACCCGAGCUCGCAUCACCAAUGAGUCUGAUGUUGAGGAGUUGCCCUGCUUUGAGGCUGGUGAUGUGCGUGCCAAUGAGAACAUUGCUCUGACAGCUUUACACACACUGUUAAUGCGUGAGCACAACCGUCUGGUACGUGCUCUGGCCAAACUCAAUCCUCACUGGGAUGGAGAGAGACUGUACCAGGAGGCACGAAAGAUCAUGGGAGGAUAUUUUCAGGUUAUCACUUACAGAGACUACUUAGCUCACAUUGUUGGUCCAGACUUCAUUGCGAAACAGCUGUCCAACUACCCCGGUUAUGAUGAAAAUGUUGACCCAGGCAUCUCCAAUGUGUUCGCCACAGCUGCCUACCGAUUUGGGCAUCUGAUUGUUAAUUCGGAUAUUAAACGUCUUGAUGCCGACUACACCGAGAGCAAGCUUUUCCCCAGCCCACUGCUGCACAAAACCUUCUUCGCACCAUGGAGGCUCAUCCAUGAAGGUGGUAUUGACCCAGUCAUCAGGGGCUUGGUGGGCAGCAGGGCCAAGCUGAACACACAGGAUAAAAUGAUGACAGAUGAGCUGAGGGAUAGACUGUUUAAGUUCUCCCAACAUCUGGCGCUGGAUCUGGCUGCCCUCAACAUGCAGAGAGGCAGAGACCAUGGACUCCCAGGCUACAACAAAUGGCGCAAAUUCUGUGGGCUGUCUCAGCCACGAAACUUGGCAGAGCUGGCUGAGGUGUUGAAUAACACUGAUUUGGCCCAGAAAAUUCUCAAUCUCUACGGAACUCCUGACAACAUUGAUGUGUGGCUGGGAGGAGCGGCUGAGCCCUUCGUCCGUGGCGGAAGAGUGGGACCCCUAUAUGCCUGCUUGAUUGCCACUCAGUUCCAGAGGAGCCGUCAAGGAGACCGACUUUGGUGGGAGAACGAGAGAGUCUUCACUGAGGCCCAGAGGGAAUCCCUGAAGGACACAUCACUCGCCCGAAUCAUAUGUGACAACACUGGCAUCAAUGAAGCACCAGAGCAGCCCUUCCAGUACCGUCCUCGAGGGUCCGGUUACACCCGGUGUGAGGACAUACCUGCCUUUGACCUCAGUCCAUGGAGUGAGAUUGGUGAGUUGAUCCUGAAAUCUUACCUGACACAGUUGAGUAAAGAUAAUCAGUGCCAACCAGGACCUCCUGGACCCCGUGGACCUCGUGGACCCCGUGGACUCCCUGGACCCCCUGGCACUGGGAUAAAUGUUGCCUUCACUGUGAGACUUGGAAACGACUUCCCUGUUUCAGGUCGGCCCAUAGCCUUCAGUGACGUCAUCUACAAUGAACAGAACAGCUAUGACACAAAAACGGGGUAUUUUACGUGUGAGCAUCCAGGUGUGUACGAGUUUCAGUUCCACUCUACCAUCUACAAAAAGUCUGCCAGUGUCGAUCUAAUGCAUAACAAAGAUCUGCUUGUGCACUCAUACACCACCCGGCAGAGUGGUUACGUCACAGCCAGCGGCAGCACGCACGUUAGGCUGAACCGUGGUGACAAGGUCUAUCUUGUGGCCAACCAUGGUAGCAACGGUAUGACGAAGGACAGCUUUUUCUCAGGGCAUUUUCUGUUCAAUUAGUAGGAGACUGUACUUGACACAGCUGUGGACACACAAUUUCCUCAAACAUUGCAAAAGUAAUCUUUUUUUCUACGAGUUAUUAAGUCCAAUAUGCACCCCUUUUAAGUAUACUGUGUAGGAUUUUCCUAAAAAAGCAGAAGAGGAAAGAAGGGCAACAGUAAUCCCUUGCCUCUGCCUGUACUUUAUUUUUACAUUUUGCUGUUUGGGACUUUUCUGGGCAUCACCGUCUGGGCAUGAAGGGACAAAAAUAGCAAACACAAAAAGAAACACAAAUAUAGUGAGACAAAGGUUGUUUCUAAAGAGUGUAUCUGGAGAUUUCUUUCACUUUUGUUGAACCGGGGAGGAGGGGUUUGAAUGUUUCAGUUUCUGCAUAGCAUGCCUUUAAUCCUACCUUCCACUUUACAAUGUAGUUUCAUGCAUUACACUAGGAUUAAAGGCAUUUCUCAGGUUGAAUGUAAGCUGAAUUAUGCUGAGUUUGUUGAAGUCAUCAGUCACCAUUACCAGAAAUCAUAAAUGUGUAAUUUUCUAAGGUAUUUAAAGGCAAAAUAACAUCUUUAAUAUAUUUUUUUGUAGUGAACUUUAUUGCCAGAUAAGCACAGUGUUUACAAACCUGAAGCUUUAUUAUGUUAAUGACAAACUUUUAUUGAAUGAAGCAAUAUUUAUAAUACACUACUACAUGCACUUGUAAUGUCUAUGAAGAAGAUACAUAUUUUGUGAAAUUAAUACUGAAAAACAAUGUGAAAACUUCUUACUUGAUAUGCAAUAUGCUUCCUUCUAUUGAAUUUAUCUUUUAUCUUCAUCUUACCCUCUUUUCCAAAAACAGUACAUGCCACUUUUUACAGCCCAUAUCUGGCAAAUAAUUGUAAACUAUCAUGUAAUAAGCUACAAAUAGAAGAGCUGUGAUUUUAAAAAGAUUCUUUUUUCUUUUUGGAACACACAAUUGUUUUUCCAGAGUUCAUGUGAAGUCACUUUGAGUUUGACAUUAAUAAAUGAUUGUUGUACA